CGACUUCUUGCAGAGGAUGUCUACAACGAUCAAGAACUGUGGAGAUUGUUCCACGUGACUGUGGAGAUGAUCAUAAUGUGGUGCCAUCAAGCACCGAUCGUUACAGACAACGAUUUAGUGCGAAGGCGAUGUCUACAACGAUCACUUCAGACCAAAUUCACUGAACCUGUCUUAAUAUCCCCCACUCCCCUCUUAUGUCUAGAGACUCUAUCUUUGAUCUCUUACCUCAAAUUGGGCCUACACAAACACGCAGUAGUCUCGGGCUUUCACUGUAGUAAAAGAAUGUAAAAGUCAAAAAGCUCGCUAGGCCCAGUCAGACCAAGACCACUCCCUACUUUUGAUCCUUUGACUUGUCUCCAGCCACCACAAAACUGUGUCGUUUUCUCUCCACUAAAAGUCUAAAAACCAGCCCCCUCUACUUCCCUCCCGCCUCCAUUUCCCACCAAACCCUUCCCCCAAAUUUUCCGAGAUCCCCAAAAUCCCAACCCGACCCGAUGGAGAACUCGACCCAAGAAUCCCACCUGGGCCCGGAAAACUCGGUCACCUACGACUCCCCCUACGCGCUCUACGCCAUGGCGUUUUCCCCGACCCGAACCCGCCACAACCACCCCCGCAUCGCCGUCGGCAGCUUCAUCGAGGAGUUCUCCAACCGGGUCGACAUUCUCUCCUUCGACCCGGACACCCUGACCCUAAAGGCCAACCCUUCCCUCUCCUUCGACCACCCCUACCCUCCCACCAAGCUCAUGUUCCACCCAAACCCUAACUCCCUCCACAAGUCCAACGACAUCCUCGCCUCCUCCGGCGACUACCUCCGCCUCUGGGAGGUCAAAGACUCCUCCGUCGACCGCCUCGAGCCCAUCUCCGUCCUCAACAACUCCAAGACCAGCGAGUUCUGCGCGCCGCUGACGUCAUUCGACUGGAACGAGAUCGAGCCCCGGCGAAUCGGAACCUCCAGCAUCGACACCACCUGUACGAUUUGGGACAUCGAGAAGGGCGUCGUCGAGACGCAGCUGAUCGCUCACGAUAAGGAGGUCUACGACAUUGCGUGGGGCGAAGCUAGGGUUUUCGCCUCCGUCUCCGCCGACGGGUCGGUGAGGAUUUUUGAUCUGAGGGACAAGGAGCAUUCCACGAUUAUAUACGAGAGUCCUCAGCCGGACACGCCGCUGCUCCGGCUGGCCUGGAACAAGCAGGACCUGAGGUACAUGGCGACGAUUCUGAUGGAUAGCAACAAGGUCGUGAUAUUGGAUAUUCGAUCGCCGACGAUGCCGGUGGCGGAGCUGGAGAGGCACAGGGGGAGUGUGAAUGCAAUUGCGUGGGCGCCGCAGAGUGCUAGGCAUAUUUGUUCGGCUGGGGAUGACUCGCAGGCGCUUAUUUGGGAGCUGCCGACGGUGGCGGGGCCUAAUGGGAUUGAUCCAAUGUCAAUGUACUCGGCCGGCGCAGAGAUUAAUCAGCUGCAGUGGUCUGCAGCGCAGCCGGAUUGGAUUGCCAUUGCGUUUAGUAAUAAGAUGCAGCUGUUGAAGGUUUGAGGAGGCGGCGGGCUGUGCAUUGCCUCCUGAUGUUGCUUUGCGAUGAUGUUUAAUCUGACCUACACUUGCACUAGCUUAGCUGGAAGUAGUUUGAUCUUCAGUUAUCUGUGAGGCAAUUUGAACUUUUGAAAUCCGAACUGUUGUUUAUUAUCUUGGUCUCAUAAACCCAUUGUGAAAAUACUGUAUCUCUCCCUCCUUUCUUACCUUGGUUGUGCUUGUAACUGUUUAGCUUAGUGAGAGUCUCCCUCAAUCACGUGCUCUAUGUAUUCCCAUGUUUGAUUACUUGAUAGAAGUAAAGAAAGACCAAGUUCUUAGAUAAUUGGUUGGUUCUGUAGAGUGUAGAGAAUGAAGGGGGAGGUUUGAAGUUUUGUGUAGUUGUGGAUGACACUGCUUAUUAGUGGUUUUGGUUAAUGAACGAGACAGCAUUUGUUAUAA